AUGGCACCCCCACCGUCCAAAGCAGCUGUGGAAGUGUUCUUCGCCGACGUCAAGCCCUUCGUUCUGGAUGUAGGCGACUUCUUUGAUCGCAACAACAACGCCAAGUCAUCGCCCCCGCCGCCGCUUCCGGUGACGCUCCGUCUCCCGCCCGUGACCCCCGUCGUGCUCUCCCCGAGGCCCUUUGCCAACGCAACCGCACGCCGGCAGCACCUUUCGCAACCGUCGUGGGAAGUGCCCGAACCCCUCACCACCACAGGUUGCCUACGGCAGCUCUUCAACUAA